CAUCAAUAUACGGGUAAUGUAAACAAAUAUUUGAUAGAUAUUUAUUAUAGCGCUUUUAUCGUUCUUAUACAUGUCAUUUAAGUUAACGUGUACACUUUUGACGUUUUACGGUUUAGUCAGUUGCUUUAACAGAGAGGCAUCAUGCUAUCCAGCAUUCCUCAAUCUCUGCGGACACCAGCAAUCGUCCUGCUUUUCUUGGUUGUCCUAGAGGUGACAUCACAAGCACAUGCAGACAAGAGUUUUGAAGAUGUGCGUUGCAAGUGCAUCUGUCCGCCCUACAGAAACAUCAAAGGACAUAUCUACAAUAAGAAUGUGUCCCAGAAAGACUGUAACUGUCUUCAUGUAGUGGAGCCCAUGCCAGUUCCUGGUCAUGAUGUGGAAGCAUACUGUCUACUUUGUGAGUGCAAGUAUGAAGAACGAAGUAGCAACACCAUCAAGGUGACCAUUAUCAUUUACUUGUCAGUUGUUGGAGCACUUCUGCUGUACAUGCUAUUCCUGCUUCUAGUUGAUCCACUGAUCCGCAAACAUGAUCCAUAUACCAUGCCAUUGCAUAAUGAGGAAGAGUCUGAGGAUGUGAGGCCUCGUGUGGAAGGCGCUCAGGGCCGUGGGAAUACAGUGCUGGAAAGGGUAGAGGGAGCUCAGCAGCGCUGGAAAAAACAAGUCCAGGAGCAACGCAAGACUGUGUUUGACCGCCACAAGCUGCUCAGCUAAGCUCUCAGUCUGGGUUUGGGGAGAAGCGGACCACUGACUGACGAAACUUGCAUGAUGAUCUUAGAAUUUGAGAAGCUCAGAUGCAACAUACACUAAACGCUGCCUCAGCCCAUUCAGAGAUACUGUUUUUUUGCAGAAUCGAUUAAUAGUCAGAUAAAAAAAAUGCUAAUAUUACAAAAACAUAUCAGACACAGUUUUGUGCAUCUGAGCUCCUCAUUUGUUUUUGUUUGGCAUAUGUUUUGUCAGUGGGCCUGCUUCUUUAGUAUUAUAAUAUCAAAGGCUUUCACAUUGAAGCUUGUGCAAACAUGGCAACAUGUUAAGAAGUUGUUAAUAGCUCUUAAAUUGCUCGACCAUUGACUUGGACAUAAGUUGGGGGAUUGGCAACCUCUUCACAUUUUCUGACCAAAACACUUAAAGAAAUGUGUUAUCACUGUUUGUUUUAAUUACACAGCAAAUGUAUUCUAAUAACACUGACCUGUUAAGCUGAUAAGCUGAAAUAGUAUCGCUUUUUAAUGUGUAGACUGUCAUUGCACUGAUAAAGUUUCACUUUGCAUUUCCAAGAAAAUGUAUAUAUUAACACAUUACUGAUAAAUGUUUUUGUUUAUUUUAUUUUAUAUUGUUUACCUAUUAAUAAAUAGGUAUGAAUAAUAGGAAUGUCACAAACGUAUCUUUCAAAUGUCACAUUGUAUUAAUUUAAAAAUGUAUUUAUUCAGACAAUAAUCCUGUAAGAGUGUUGAUUGCUUUGCAGUUGUUGUUAUACCACAGGCUUGCCGUUUGAUGUGAUUUAAACUUUUUUGGAUACUUUCCAGAAAGAUUGAUUGACAAUAAAAUGUGAAGACAUUUUAGAACUUUAUUUAAAUGCUUUUUGCUGCUAUAACUGUCUUUUACGGUGAAUAUCGAAAAUUUUGUAUCUGAAAAAAACUCUGCUUAUGUAAACAUGCACUGAAAUAAAAAAUAUGCAAAACGUU